GUAUACCAUUUGGACUAAUACCACAGGAUGAAGUUCAUUAUUAUCUUAACAAUAGUCGGCUUGGCUUUAGCCGAUGAAGUUCAAGAUGAGAAGAAGCUUUCCAAACGUGGUCUAGAACUAGGUGGUUACGAAGAAAUAGGUGGUUACGGUGGUUUUGAUCACGGUGGUUAUGGUCACGGUGGUAUAGAAUUUCUUGGAGGUCAUGGACUGGACCUUGGUCAUCACCACGAGCACGUCAAAACCAUCACCCUUACCAAAAAAGUGCCAUAUCCAGUACCCCACCCAGUGCCUUAUCCUGUCGUCAAACACGUUCCAUACCCUGUGAAGGUGCCAGUUAAAGUUCCCGUUGACAGGCCUUACCCUGUUCCAGUGCCAAAGCCAUACCCAGUGGUAGUCAAAAAACCAUACCCUGUACCUGUUGCCAAGCCAUAUCCUGUACAUAUUAAGGUCCCUGUCAAGGUUCCAGUACCAGUACCUGUGAAAGUACCUGUCCCCAAACCUUACCCUGUUCAUGUGCCUAAACCCUACCCAGUUAAAGUACCAUACCCUGUAGUCGUAGAAAAGAAAAUCCCAAUCAUUGCCAAAGAAGUUCACCAUGGUUAUGGGGGUUAUUUCGGAGGUUAUGAAGGACACAUUGAAUCUUUCGGCGAAGGAAUUGAGUUAUCUCAUGAUCUGAAGCUUUAAAUAUUACGUCUUGGUCUCUGAGACGCUCAAUAUUCCAUGGUGGUUACAUGUGAUAUUAUUUAAUGUUUGCGUUUUUUAUAAAUAUUAUUGUUAUUAUAUUUUUUCUACCUGAUAAAUAAAAUGUUUUAAAAUUUACCGUCACUAUUGUCAAAAUUUAUUUCUGGUUACCGACUGGAAUUACAAAUCAGAGAUCACGACAUCUUAAAAUAUUUUUAAAGCGAAUGGUCUAA